AUGCAAACCACGUCCUUCAGCAUCGCGCAGAUGAUUGUCGGUCGAUUCAUUGCCGGACUCGGAAAUGGUCUCAACACAACUACCAUCCCGGUUUGGCACUCAGAGAUGUCCAAGCCCCAGCAUCGUGGGUACCUCGCUGUUCUCCAACUCGCUCUCAACCAACUUGGAAAUGUGACGGCCCAGUGGCUCAAUUUUGGUCUCGGAUUCAUUGGUCACCGUGCAGUCUCUUGGAGAUUUCCCAUCGCCUUCCAAAUCUUCUACGCUCUUGUGACAAUGAUUAUGCUUCCCUGGCUGCCCGAUUCGCCACGUUGGCUCAUUCAAAAAGGCCGCUUGGAACAAGCCCGGGCGGUAACGGCUCGACUGCAUGCCCGAAGCAUCAACGAUCCUGAGACAGAGAUUUUGCAUGAAACAUCUGUUCGAAACGUCCUUCACGAACUAGAGGUCUCCAAAGCGCUCAGCUCAUGCAGCAAUGGGGGUAUCAACGCCAUCAACUACUAUUUGCCUGUUGUAUUUGCCUCUCUGCAAAUGUCCCGGCAAAUGUCACUGAUCCUGUCGGCGUGCAAUGCGAUCAACGUCAUGGUCUUUACGUGUGUCUGUAUCACUGUCAUAGAGACCUUAGGCCGGAAAAAGCUCAUGUUAUUGGGCGCAAUGGGCCAAGGAAUCUGUUUCACCAUGAUCACUGCGGGUCUGGCUGCUGGUGGGAGCAAAUGGGCAGCGGUCUCUAUUGCCUUCAUUUUCGCAUUUUAUACUAUAUUUGGUCUUUCGUGGAUUGCCAUUCCAUGGAUGUAUGCGGCUGAAGUGAACACACAACCAUGGCGGAAUCGCGGAGCUGGACUCGCGACCGCAACCAACUGGAUUUGCAAUUAUGCUGUUGUUCUGGUAACACCGAUCGGCAUCGCUAACAUUGCCUGGAGGUACUAUAUCAUAUAUGGCACCUUGAACUUUCUGUUUGUACCUAUCAUUUAUAUAUGGUAUGUUGAAACGGCUGGUCUGUCCUUGGAGGGUAUCGACUCUCUUUUCGAAGGGAGGAAAUCUGAUGCUGAUUCGGCUGCUAAAAAAAUUGACUGUGACCCCGCACAACUCAAGGCACCAGGGGAUGAGGGUCAGAGUGAGUGGGUUGAGAUGGCCACCCAGGACUGA